AUGGACGACGAUAGACCAAGACACAUCGGGGAGAGCAUCGAUGCAUACAUCCGUACGCACAAAAUCGAUGAUUUGUUCACUCGGAUGUUAUCUGCGACGCUCACCGAGAGGCCAGACAACGCGCGCGAAUAUAUCCGAAAACUCUGUUCCAACGACAAUAUCAAAGAAGAAAACGACACGACGAAGAUGAUGAAGGAGGAGAGCGACGACCGUAGAAAAGAAGAGCAGGAAAAGAAAGAAGACGACGACGAUAGAGAAGAAAGCGAGGAUGGUGCUGUCAAAUCUAAAGUCACAGUCAAGCAUUCCGAUGAAAACGCGAGCUCAUAUUUGAACGAAACUUUGGGCGUAUCGCACCUUUUUGCUCUUCUCUCCGAUGCGCUCGUUGAGAAUGCAAUGUCACACCAAGAUCCACUCGAAGCUCUUUCGAAUACGAUUCUUAAACUUCGCAGCAGCAACGUGGAGGUAGAAAAUGCGACGCAAAAAACCGAUAAUAUCCUAGACGAGGGAACGAAUGACUGGGAGAAUGUAAGCAUCGCACAGCAGGCGCCGGCUCGCGUCGAAGACGAGGAAGGAUGCCGGGAUGAACCAAGUGAACACGAGGAGGAUGAAACAGAAGAGGAAGAGGAGGAAGAAGGAUCUCACGAAAACGCCGAAGAGAGCAGUGAGGACGAUCAUGAGAUCGUGGAUAUCGUGAGCGAAUUGCCAUCGUCGACAUCGACGACGUUGAAUAACGGUCAAUCAUCUCAGCGUCCAGCAUUUCGUCGCCGUCAAUCCGUCUCUGCAGAAUGUAUUGACCGAAGUCAACUGCUCAUGCAAAUGAAAGAAAACGAGUCCAUCGAGAGCAUAAAAAGUCUUGGAGACAAGAAAGAUGCAUCACACGAUAAAAAAAUGGACGAUACUGUUCCAGGUAAGGAAGCGAAAAACGAAGGCGUAGCUGCCACAGAAAUGGAACGAGAAGUUCUGUUGAAAAUCAUCUCCGCGUCUCCACUUAUGUCUCGUCUAUCCAUCCAAAUUCAAAAAGAGCUCGUCAGCAAUUUGAGAAAAGAGCGUGCUUUCAAUAAAGGCGAUAGUAUCAUUGAUCAAGGUGGUACAGCUAACUGUUUGUAUAUUUUGGAGCAAGGUGAGUGCGAAGUCUUCAAGACUGUUUCAGAAGAGGAAGGCGCUAAGAAAGUCAAUGUAGUCGAACCAGGAACGUGUUUUGGCGAGCUCGGAUUAUUACACGAUUGUCCACGUGCAGCUUCAGUAAUUUGCUCAUCCGAUGAUGGGGCUGUAGUUUGGAGUCUCGAUAGAUCCAUUUUUAGAAAGCUCGUUAUGUUUGCUGGCGCAUCUGAACGGGUAGAUUGA